GCAACAUACCUUUUGCAUUAUUCCGCCAUGUUGUCAGCACCAUAAUACACCGACAGUACUGCUCGGAAACAAUCAUCUUCUGUCACAUUUUUCUUUUCUAAAUAUCCACCUCAUUCCUUUGGUCUUAAUUUUACCUUGUCAACGUUCCACGACAAUCAUUAUGCCAAUUUCUAGCGUAAUUCAUCCUGUCUCUUCGCUGCUGUCGAUACUUCUACUGAAGACACCGGAGAGAAGUGGCAUGUGGUUCACCGUGCUGCUAUGCGUCGCGCGAUUCAUGACGUUUGGUCUACUUUUGCGAACAUUCAUCAUACCGUGGACAUUGGCACGCAUGUCCAGGCAUAUACGAGUUCGAAGCAUUAGCUUGCGUUCAAUCCGAGGAUUGUACCUCCGUCAAGGUCGCCAAACCAUUCGCAUAGAACGCAUCAGCUAUGUUUGGUACGGUUUCGAGAUAGGUAUAACCAUUAAAGUGGAGGGGCUCAGUAUUGAAGUCUACCAGCGCGACAGGACCCAAGUGCCACGGAAGUCUCAUCGGAGGUCUGCCACAGUUGAGACCAUUUCCCACGUUCGGCGGCAGUUUUGGAAUGGAUUAUCAGCGUUAUACGCGGUAUUGGAUCCUGUCGUCCGACCAGUCAUGCGCGUUUACGUUAUGUCAUGUCUCGGGAUGUUUAUUCGGUGGUUACCAAGCAUCACGCAACAAGUUACUGUAGAAUUUCAACCCGCGACAUUCAUAUUUCCUGAUGCCGGCGACGCAAAGGUUUCCGCGGAAACAGUCUAUGUACACACAAACCUCAAAAUCGCGAAUAUCAAGAAGGACAAGCACGAGAAAGAGCACUUCGCUGCAUCGCGCGAUAGAACCGCUCGGGUAGCAAAGCCUUUGCGGGCGUCAUAUAGUGUGUCUGCUUGGAAACAUCGGCUCGGCGAUAGCUUCCGUAGGUCCUGGAAUCGAGUCGUUGAACAGACCCAAGGAAAUGCGAUCCUUUCGAUGCACCUCACGAAUAUCACUGGAUCGAUACCUGUUCGAACUUUAACAACUGAUGUUAAGGAUGGAGAAUUCUUGAGUUUUCCAGGCCUCGUCGACUUUUCUACCACUUUAUCCUUUGAUCCGCAAAGCUGGGCUAUCGUCACACAUAGCUCGAACACGACUCUCAAUGUUCGUCAAUGUGUUAUUGAACUAGACCAUCUUCGAUCUCUGUUCGAGAUCAUCCAGACGAGGAAGAAAUAUGAUACGUCUCCGCCUUCGACCUCUUACCUGCUGCCGUCCGAAUCACAGCCGGCAACUCCUCCUUCCUCAGCGGCUUCGAUGUCGGAUCCUGCUUCUACCUCUUCUGAUGUGCCUACAUCUCCGUUCAUGAGAGCGUUUUCAAGGGCAUCAAUCUUACGUCGUCGCUAUCUAUAUCUUCCAUGCAUGAGGCUGAGGGACAUCAAAAAUCCGGCCCUCAUCGCUUUUCUCUGCUCAUUCACCGCUAACAUUUCGGGUAUUACCCUAAAUAGUCGCAAUCGAAGUGAAAACGAAAGCUACAAGAUGACCUUCCAGGGCAUAUCUUUCUCGAUUGUACUGAGCAACCCCCUCUCGAACCGAUUGCACCGUCAGUGGCUCGGUAAAUCUGUGAAGGGCGAGGUCUUCGAUCCUGACGUUUACUCUCUUUCUUUUCAUGUCGAGAGUGUCAAACUUGACCGCUAUACAACGCGGCAUUACCUCCGGAUCCUGGUUGCGGAUUCCAUUGAUGUUUGCUCACUUGUAUCUCAGUACCCAUCGCCUUUCCUGGUUUCUACUCCCUUCAUUGGUGGCGAUCCAAAUGGACCCCUCGUCGUGAUCACUCUAAAUGUUGGCGGAAUACAAGUCACGGAACGUGAUGAUUUGUUGUCUACACUGUUUUCCACAUGGACUUCACCACGUCCCUUCAAAUCGAAGUCCGCAUUACCAGCCAUAGUUGACAUGCCUCGGUUUGCAUUUGAGGCUAGCUGCGGAAUAAUUAGUGCACGCCUCAUCUAUCAGAACCAGGACACCGGAACAUCCAAAGCAAUGGAAAUGCGCACGGAUGGCUUUUCAGUAGCUUGCACUUCUUUCUACUCACCCAUUCCUAUGACGUCAAUUCCACAGGGGGACUUCGACACCUUACCUCUUUCCAUGGCCUUCACGUUCAACUUCACACUUCAACCAGCUUUCGUAAGAGUUCGGCCUAGGCACUCUCAGAACUCACAUACGCGUCUGUCUUGUUUGACAACCACAGAAGAGGAUUUUUGUGAGGAUCCCGUUUUUCUUUCUCUGGAAUCAUUCGACUUGGGUGGUGGAGGGAAACUGCUGGGUUCCAUCAAGGAUGAUACAAGUAACAUUGCCGCCAUGGACAUGUCCACUCUAACGAUUGAACUGGCUUGCCUCACGGAGGCAGUUGUUUUGGAGCUAUGGCAUCUAUCCGUCCAGGACGCUAUCAGCCGUUUGAUCGCACUCUUUCCGAAACGAGUCAAAAGAGAUUCCUCACAAUAUCCUUUGCACCACCUGCCACCCGGAAUCAAUGCAUCCUUAUUUGUAGGGCGAUCGAUUCUAUUCAUAACGUCGCCCGAUAUCAAUCCGGCCGACACAAUGGAAUUAUCUCGUGGAAUUGCCUGUCGAGCAGAACAAACGGUCCUACAACUACGUUGCACUCAGCACAAUGAGGUAUACUGUCCUAGAGAUCCUGCAAUGACAGAAAAGAGAAACAAGUUGUAUCUGCCGGAAAAGACCGUCCCUCAAACUUUGCUGGAUACUGAAGCAGCCAACGGGCUAGAGGGCAUAUCCGGUUUCAUAUGCUUUCAGGUUGGGAAUUUAAGUCUCCGUGACGCGUUGGCCACUCAAUAUGUUGUGGACGAUCCAUUCAUGGCGGAACGAGAUCACCCGACUCUCUCCUCACGAGAGUUAUUCAAUACUCGCCUUCUAACAGAGCUGUCUUGGUCCACGGACUGCGGCCGUAAUGCAAUCGACAAUCUCCAUGUAUAUCUCCACGUUCCCGAUAUCAAGGUCUUAUUAUCCUUGUCCCAUUGUUAUCACAUUCUCCUCGCCAGCCGAUGUCUGGCACUCUUGGACCACAGACCUACUGUUUCUUCCCUUAGAGCUCCCCAGCGAACAUCAAAGGCUAUGCCCUCCAUCAGAGUUCGGAUUGCUCUUGACACAGUUCAAGUGUCCUGCGAACUUCCCAAUGAGCGAAUCGCUCUUCGGCUUGACUCGGUUACAGCUACUCUGUCCCCCCAGCUUCAGUCUGAAGUACAAUUUGAACACUUAGUUGCAUGGGUGCAUCUUUCGUCACCGACAAACCGUUGGCAGGAAGAUGAAGGAGGAAAGUGGAAAGAAAUCAUGUACCUACGGUGUUGGCGCAUGUGGGAUUCAUCUACCGCCAUGCUGACAUCCGUUCACAUGGAAGGACAGUCUGCUCGCUUCAGACUUCCCUAUGGAUACGUCUUGAGCAAUCUGGUUCAAGAUGCAACUGUGUCACUGAAGGCACUCAAGCAUCUGUAUCAUAUGACUGCCCGGGGUUCAUACAGUGAGAUACCUUUCCCAGAAGCCGAAGGUCCCAAGCGUAUGCCGUAUAUGACUUUGGCCGUCGCGUCUUUCUGUGUCGAGAUCGCCGAUGAUCCAUUCGAAGGGCGAUUGAAUUUAGCUUGGAAAGCUGGACUUGAGGCUGCCAAAAUUCGCGUAGACCGGGAGCAAGCCUACGAGGACAAAGUAGCGACUAUUAUCAACGCCGAUGUCGCUCAAGGCAAAUCCCCUGCUGAACUUCGGGCAGAAUAUCGUUUUUCCUCGAAGCACUCUGUGCCAAUCGAAGAUGCGCGACAACGGCUCUAUAAGGUCCAUUCAAUGGAUUGGGGUUUACGACUUGGCUAUUUCCAGAAGGAUCAAAUUAGGAAUGAAGAAGCUGUAAAGAUGGAAUUUCAUCCCUCUUUUCAAUCGGAAAGCAGGAGUCGAAACAUCGUUGACGUUUCUCCCGAUGACUCAUGCACACCCCUCUUUCGUGCCUUGAUCAGAGAUCUAUCGCUGUCUACUGCGCCGCCUUCAUUCCCCGCCAGUUCACUUCCAGAAUAUUUGUAUGAGCAAGGGGGCCUUCCUCGGAUCACCGAGUUCUCUUUGUUACUCCCAUUUCACCUAAAUUUUACCCUCUCGUCGCUGAGCAUGACAAUCAGAGACUACCCAUUACCGUUAUUCGAUAUUCCGCCUCAUCAAGACCCGGGUCAGACGGCUUGGACUUUCGAUACUGAUCUAGUCAUUGCAGAAGAAUUGGCGGGAGGCGCGUCUGUCGAUUGGGUCCUGUGUCCUGUAUCAUAUGCUAACGACGGCAUUCAUGGUGCUGCGCCGCUAUGCAUUUCCGUUCCCAAGACAAUUAUGCCAGUGAAGAGCUACGCCAACCCAGAAAUUCUGGUGUCUACACCUAAUGCGACAGUUUUUUCUUGGGGUAUGAGCUAUGGGCCCGCGACCCAAGAUCUCAUGAAAAUUCUAGACACAAUCACUAGCACACCCCGUGAUUCUUCUCCUGGUUUAGGUUUUUGGGAUAAGUUGAGAUUCAUAUUUCAUUGGAGCAUAAGAGCGUCGUUCAAGGGCGAAGUACGAUUUCACAUGAAAGGUCUUCGAGAUCCUCACGAGAUACUCGGGAAGGGUGCCGGUUUUGCUCUAUCCUGGCAAGGCAAUGUUAAGCUUUUGAUUGGGCGUCAUAAUGACGACAAGGAACUCGUGCAAGUUAUCAGUGAUUCGAUGAUGAUUGUUAUACCGAACUUUCAUCGGAGCGAUGCCGGUCCACUUGCAUUCGCCCCUGCAUCUCGGCCAUUCAAAAAGAUCUGUGCCAAAGUCCUCUCUGGUGUUCGCUUUGGUGUCGGCCUUGUGCUUGAACGGUCUUGCGGAUAUGAUUGCCAACGACAUUGCAGUGGUUCUGCCUUCCAUAGAAAAUGCAGGUUUUUUGAUUUCAAACCUCACUAUAAUGUUAAACUGGAGAAAAAGAAUGUAGCCCCUGAAAUGAAGGGACCCGACGAUUCGUAUGACGGUUUCAGAUCUGAUUUCAUCCACCUGUCGGUUUCUUUGACUUCUUCAGUACGAAGUACGAAGACUGAAGAUCACGACACGAGUGGUUUAUACCUUACACCCAAAGCUUUUGCACAUUUCUGGUCAUGGUGGUCUUUGUUCGACGCUGUCAUGUCUCUGCCAAUUCGCCAGGGUACUUAUUAUCCAAGGCGUACACUGUCUCCCAAGUUUGGACGGCAUAUCGCCACUCUGAAAUAUCGUGUAUCAAUUCGUCAGCUGUCUAUCAUGCAUGGUUACAUAGACAACAGUAGAGAAACUUGGGUAGAUGGAGUUACACCCUGGGUUGGCGUGAAGGGUAAGAUCGAUGAAUUCCAAGUUGAUAUGCAUCAACGGGAUCAAGAAACCGUUGUGCCUGGUUUUGGCCCUCAUUCUACCAAGGUGUUACGAAGGAAGCCUUUCUACGCGGCAGAGGUUGUGUUGAAAGGCUUGGAUCUUCGUGCUAUAUUUGCUAUCUUUGCCGACCCCAAGAAGCAAUUCAUUCCGGUCAAUGUCCCUCAAGAUGGCAGUAACUACAGGACGAGGAACCGCUAUCCUACAACAUCUAUACCUUCAGCUUGGUAUGAUCCAGACGACUUUGUGGAAACCGACUGGUUGUCACCGCUUGAUCCCACUUUCCAUGUCUUGCCUGUUGCGGCGUGCUCUCAUUUCAUGUACUUCAAACGUAACGAUGCUCUCGUCGAAAAUCCUUCGGAGACCAGCAGAUUUGGCAACGAGGAUAGUCAUGUUUGCCUACUCGGGAAGGGACCUUCUGUGCCUGAGAUCCAAGCUGCUCUAACUUCAUCUCGCAUCGAGGAGCUCAAAUGUCUCAUAAACUCUAACCAGGAAGCAUCCUCCGAUAAGAAAGUCGUGCUGCUAGAGAAAUAUAUAUCUCACCUUCACGAGCCUUAUAUCAGUCCUGACAGAAAUGAUGCUAGCUCCCAUUAUCAGAUACCGUCUGACACCGUUUCUCCUGAUGAAUGGGCAGAAUUCGAUAAUGUCUACCAGAUACAUUGUCCGAGGAUCUUCAUGGAUGCCACUGUCCGUGAUAUCAUGAUGCAGUAUUAUUAUUGUUCCCGUGAUCGCAAAGGAUUGGAAUAUCAUAUGGCUUCCCGUGCCGUGAAGUUUGUACGAGACCAAGCAAACGAGUUACUGAGAUCACAGCUUCAAAGCAAUGCUGAACCGACCAAGAAAGCAGCUCAUGCUGCCGCAAGCGCACUAAAGCACAUGUUCGUUCGCGACAACUCGGAUUCUGACUCUGAGGACUCCGUGGAGUACAUCGUUGAUUCCGAUUCUUCGUCUUCAAUUCUCGACCCUUUGCAUGGCUGGUCCGAUGGCGUGUCUUUGAAAAAAGGCCACUGCUGUCUUCUUCUAAAGCCGCAGGUCAUACUACAAAACAGGGAGAAGCCACAAGAGACAUGCGUGGUAGCCGCCUUGCAAGCCAAACUGCAGUCGUUUACUAUCAUGGAUGAUUCCAACGCCAAGGAUCCCAUCAGCGGCAAAGUCAUGUCCAGGACAUAUGCUAUUCUGUCCGGCAUGCAAACAUUUGCUCCUACAGCUAAAUUGAGUGGAGAUAGCUGUGUCCCCUUGGAAGUCCUCAUCGAUUUUCGAUGCGAGAGUGAUGAAUUCGAUCGCCUAGUACCCCAAACUGACGCCACCUUCCAUUAUGACAAAUUUAACCGACUGCGACUGCGCAACAAUGUUACAUCUGUGGUCAACAAAUCCUCUGCAGGACAUUCACAUAUGGGGCGUACACACUUACAGGACCAGACAGAUCUCAUCAAAGUCAUUACACCAAAAUUCACAGUGUCAGCCAGCGACCAACAUUUUAAGACCAUUUCCAACAUUGUGACGAAGCUCUUACUCUUCUCAGAUGCAACCCAUAAGACCCGUGUUGACAGGCUUGAGACCUUGUUAUUCACCUAUGACUUCACAGAUUAUGCUUCAGCGUCCAGGGUGAUCACUGAUCUUCAGGGCCGACUGCGAAAGUCUAUAGAGGUGGAGGAAUUAGCGAUGCACACGCAGCAGAUUCAGAGUCGAGAGGAUGAAAUCGAACUAUUGAAACUCAAGGCCCACAUCUACCUGUUGGGAGACGAGCUUAACUUCAUAUUCGAUGCGAUCAAACUGGCGCAGGAUAGGUUUGACGACCAAACGGAUCAAAAAUCGGCACUUCUCCUGAAUGCCUCCUCAUCUGAAAUAUCAUGGAACAUGUUGGAUGAGCAGCGGGAACUUUUGGCUAAGCAUGUUGUGAAAGAUAUCGAUUACUAUUGGCUCAGCAGACAGGACAGUUCCACUUAUAACGAUCUAGCGAUCGGCAGUCUACAGGCCUUUGACGGAUCUAAAGACGCUGUGUGGACAGAGAUUCUUUCCAAGUAUAAUGAACCUCCAAACCAUCCGCUACUGAAGCGUGGACUCUUCCUCGUAGCGAAAUGGUCCGUUCUUCCGCCUGUCGGAGGAAUAGGCAUCUAUGAGUUUUUCGAGCUUAACUUGCAUCCCAUGCGUUUGCAGAUUGACACUCGAGUUGGUCGUCGUAUCAUGGAAUACUUAUGGCCAGGUCGAAGAGAUCGAAAGAAAGCUAUCCAAGACAGACGUACCGAGUCUUCUCAAACUGCCCACGAACAUCCGCCAAACAAGCAAUCCUUCCCACCUUCCAGAAUUUCCCUCGAUGCGACCAGGCGAACGCACUCACGGCAAUCUUCUGACUCUAAUAAUUCAUCCCGACUUGCACCGCCGAUGGCUUUAAGAAGGCUCGGUACGUCACGAUCUUUUUCGAAUCUCAGAGACUUUCCGUCACCUGUAAAAUCGCUGCCACGAACACGUUCGUCCGAGGCUUUGGGGCAGCAUGCGAGCACAAUUGAUCAUACCGAGCCACGUAAGCUGCGCAGGGGAGACAGUAGGCAUGACUCUGGUCCUGUACCGCGAAGAGGAGAUGCUGCAGAGAUGAGGACGCGAAGUUCUCAAAAGACAUUCGUGCUGGUUAAAAUAUCAAGUUUGCACCUCCUGUUGAGUAUUAUGAAAGAGGAAUCUUUCGUUUGCCGCGAUGCACGCAUCACAACUAGAGACCUGGAGUACAGGAAUCAAACAUGGAGUUUCGAAGAACUCGUCGAUCAGCUCAUCCCGUCUGAUACUAGCUGGAAAGGUUGGAUCAAGAUGGCAUUCCAUCAGCCUCUGGUUCCUGUACUCCCAGUUGCUCGGGAGAUUUUUUCCAAAACGAAGUGGAUUGCUACGAAGGGCGUGGCCGUACCAGAGUUCCACCACCGUGCAUUGCCAAAUGCCUCUCGCCAUGACCUUUUACUUCCGGUUGACGACGAUACUAACCGUUCCGACAAUAGUCACGAUACCCGCGAGCGGCUACGAACACCUUCGCCUCAUCGAGGUUGGCGGAAAGCCUCAAAGAGGAAGUCCGACACCUCUCCACAGAUAUUGGCAAAUGCGCGCCUUUGUGAGGAGCCAGAGACCUUGCCGGCGGAGCCCAUUCGAUCCAGCAAUAGGAACAGAAUGCUUUCCCUGCUAGGUCGUGGUUCGUCGUCCAAAAAAAGUGACAAAUCCGGCAGUACUACACCAAAGCCUACGGGUUCGUCUUCAAAACCGCCGAAGAAGAAUUCUAUGGCUACUAGUACUAGACGAUCUACGGAAUCAGGAGAUGGAACACUUUAAGAUAUCGAUGGACGUUUUUUUCUUCCUCGACGCAUCUGUACCAUAUCAUCACAUCUAUUUAUUUGAGCAAUAGUGGUCAUGGCACUCGAGGCCGCUG